UUCCCUUCUGCAAUCCGCGUGGCUCCAUAAUUUUCUCACCUCAGUUCAGAGACCGUGGACCCGGCUUUUACUAGGCUUGACCAUCUUAACUUUGGACGCGCCGUGCCCUGAGCUGGAACUGGAAGCUUCACUGGCCAUACUCACUUGGAUCUCCAGUCGGAAUCACUGCCCUUCGUGGUCGAACACUAUCGUAUCCUAUCCUUCGCUUCUUUGGAGCGCAUGCCGUAUUCCGGAGUACACGCUGUAUCCCCGUGUCCCGCUAGUGCGGAAAGAGCGCGGGCUUGCUUGGAUAUAUGCAAACUGGGGUUCGCUUCUACCUGUUGCCCUCUUCCAUGACCCAGUCAAGCCGUUGCUCAUCUGUGCAGUCGUUUGCCAGCGCUGAUAGUAUGUCCAUAUCUGACUCAUCCUCGCCUGAGGGAGCGCCUGCCUUCUUACCGGCGUACACGGAGAUGAAUGGCUCGUCCCGCUCGGAACACGAGGACGACACGAGUAGUCUGCAAAGCCAUCGAUUCUUUUUGGAGGACGGGAACGUACGGUUCCAGCUCGAGGACGGGACCUUGUUCAACGUCCAUCGCUACUUCUUCAAGAAACAUGCGCCCUCUUUCGCAGCCGAAUAUCUUCGGGAUGUAGCAGAGGAGGCGAUCAAGCUUCCCGGCGUUACAACAGUCGACUUCGAACGCUUUCUCACCAUGAUUUAUCCGUCUGAGAUCGGCGAGCGCGAUAUCGAAACCGUCGACGAGUGGACAUCGGUCCUCCGCCUCGCGACGAAGUGGUGCGUCCCUCGCUUGCGCGCCCUCGCCAUUCGCGAGAUAGAGCCCAAGGCGACGCCCAUCGAGAAGAUCGUCAUCGCGCGGGAGUUCGACCUCGGCAAGGACUGGCUUCUCCCGUCGUUCACGGCCAUCUGCACCUCGUCGAAGCCGCUCGAUUAUGACGAGGCGGAGCGCCUCGGGCUGCGCACCGUUGUGGACAUCGCACGCAUCAGGGAGGCGCGAUGCAGGUCUAGCGAUCGCGAGUCGACGGAGAGCGAAUACGACGUGGCGUCCGCUGUGCUGGCGAGUAGCGUGCUUGUGCCUACGCAUGCAGGAGAUUCCUCACCGCCGGGCAACGAUGACACGGUCGUCGUGGACGAUCUCAUGCUGAGUACUCCUCAGGAGUUGGCUCUUACCGCGAAUUCUUCAUCAUUGCCUACGAGCACCCAAGACGCAAAUUCGAGCGAUAGCUCGACGCCGACGCAGUCAGAACCAGAUACUCCCCUCGCGGACGAGGAAAAUACGCCACAACAAGCGGACGAAGUAAGCGGCGACGAGACGGCUAUACCGGAGUCAUUAUGGGAGCGCGCUUUGUACGCUCUGAAGCUUGAGCGACCGGCCGAGAACGAGCAACCAGAAACUACGCAACGGCGCCGGGAGCGCCUAUCGGAGAUCGUCAAUGGUAUACUCGAAGGCAAUCCAAGAACUUCUGUUCCGACGCAAAUCGAGAUUACUGCUGAUUUAUCACAAGACAACGCCCUCCGGUGUACCCAGCGCGGGCUCGGAAGGGUGAUCGCCCAGCAGAUCUUCCUGCGAUUGGAGGAAAUGGGUGGUAGUGCGAAGGGUAGCAGUACGGAUGGCACGUCAUUGACCGUCGUUGUUCCCAAAAAGAGCGCAUCCACAGCCUCUAUUAGGAGCACGCUGACCAGUAAUCUUACACAGGGUGGUCUGAUCGCUAUUCCCUGCUCACAUAAUCAGAGGCUCCUUCAUGUGGCGGCUCCGCAAAAACAAAUUAAUUGAUGUUGUUCGAGAGGAGUAUAUGGCAGUGUCCUUCAUACAUCGGACUGUACUUUAUGGCAGAACCCAUAGUGAUUUGCAUUCUACUAGUACCGCCCCGAGAAUCCGUGCUCCCGAUUGUUCGAUAUAGACGACGAUUGUCUCCUCAUUUUGUAUCUUCCUCACUGGACCUGAUCUUGCAUUUCGUUCAUUCGUGACUUGUUGUCCGAAUGUUUGGUCCUCCUA